AUGCUCGUGCGGCUCGUGUUGGGACUUGUCGUCCUCAAAGCGGUGGUGGCCAGCCCCAGAUUUUCUAGACAAGUGGACUUGGACUCAUACGACAGUGCCAACUAUGAUCUAGAAAAUUUAAAUUUGGAGAACCAGGAUAUCUAUGACUACGAAGAUGUGCUGACAAUUGAUGAUCCUCAGAUAGAGAUUGGAACACUGGCUCCACCUGACUAUGACCACCCUGUACCAGAGGCCUCAUUGGAAGAACAAGAAGCAGAGGAGGAGGAAGAAGAAGAGGUGCCCCUAAAGCCCCAGCUCAUCCCUCAGGGUUCAGGGGGAUCUGGGGUUCUCAUGGGCCCAGACACACAGAAAGAGGUGGAGCUGCAUCUGGCACCCAUUGACAUCCUUCAUGUCUCCGGGGAUUUUGGGGGCUCCGUAGGGUCUGGGGCCUCAGGAACUUCUGGGGCUUCUGGGUCUGGAGGCUCAGGAGACCUAGUGGUCUCCGGCACCUCUGGGGGUUCUGGUGACAUUGUCCUGAUAUCCAGAGCCUCCGAGGAGCUCCUCAGCUCUGGGGGAUCUGGGGAAUUCUUGGUAUCUGGGGAUCUCUUGAUAUCUGGGGAUUUCUUGAUACCUGGGGAUCUCUCAGGAUCCGGGGAUAGCAUUGGAUCCGCAGCUUCUGGAGCCUCCGGGGACCUUGGCUCUGGAGGUAUUUCCAUUGAACUACCCCUGGGCUCUGGAGGGUCUGGGGACCAGUCUGGUUCUGGGAUCUCCGGAGAUCUCUCAAUCUCAGGGGACUCCGGAAUCUCUGGGGUUUCUGGGGACUCUGGUGAGUCCGGGGACUCACGGAUAACUUUGUUGUCUGGAGAGGAGGAGCUGCCCCCUAUUCACGAGAUUACCCCCAGUGAGGCAUCAGGUGCUUCUGGGGAGUUCUCAGGAACUUCAGGAACCUCAGGGGCCUCUGGGGAUAUUGUAGCCUCUGGAGACUUAGCCUCUGGAGUCACUGAGGUAACUCUGGUCCCUGACAUUGAAGAGGAGGAGCUGCUUCUGACUACACCAGCAACCCCUCAGGAGGGUACUGGAACUAGUGUAGAAGGGUCAGUUAGCUCUGAGUUGCCAGAAGAACCUGACGAGCCUGAUGAGCCUGUGGUUGACUGGGAAGGUAUGCCCACUUGCUUGCUGUGCACGUGUCUCGGUGGCUCGGUCUACUGUGAUGACUUGAAGCUGGAUAGUGUACCACCUCUUCCCAAAGACACCACUCACUUCUAUGCCCGCUACAACAGAAUCACCAAGAUCAACAAGUCCGACUUUGCCUUCAUGAACAAGCUGAAGAGGAUCGACUUAACCGCCAACGAGAUAACGUCCAUCGAUGACAAAGCAUUCUUGGGUCUGCCUGAGCUGGAGGAGCUGGUGAUUCGAGAAAAUCAUCUCUCACAGCUGCCUGCUCUUCCCGAGACCAUGAGCCUGAUUGAUGCCAGCCAUAACAACAUUGGCACCAAGGGUAUUCACAAAGAGGCGUUCAAAGAUAUGACUAGCCUGCUGUACCUGUACCUAACAGACAACCACAUUGACUACAUCCCUGUGCCUCUACCAGACAGCCUGCGAUCUCUACACCUACAGCGUAACAAUAUUCAAAUGAUGCACGAGGAUACGUUCUGCAACCUGAAAGAUUUCAACUACAUCAGGAACGCAUUGGAGGACAUCCGUCUGGACGGCAACCCCAUCAACCUCAGCAGGACCCCUCAGGCUUACAUCUGCCUGCCCCGUAUACCCAUCGGGGAUCUCAUUUAACCACACUGACACAUACCUUCACUCUUGCACACUGACUCUCACAACCACAUGCACACAUCUUUGUACAUAGACACACAAAACCACACACAAAGACAUGCAUACCAUUUAUCUCUCCUGAAACAAUCAAUUCAUUCCAAUAGUGCAUUUUAAAGCUGCCAUAAAUGCUGCUGACGUAUACUACAGAUCAGUAAAAUUCUGUGUGGAAAUAAAACACCCACAUUGUGAGUCAGAUUCUGGUGAUCAAGCACAUACACACUGCUCUGCUGCA